GUCACGUGCGCCUCAGUGUAGGAGGACUGCUGGCAAACCGUUACCGUGUGACUGCCAGCGGACUGAGGGCUUGUGUGCCAGUGUGCAGGGGGCGUGGCCGGGACCUCCGUGGGCGUGUCCCGCUCCCCGGCAGCCGCUGACUUCAUUCUCAGUGCAGCUUUGCGUGUUGAUGUCACAUGCAAGAUGGCGGCUACUCGGGCGGGUCCCGGGCAUUCGUGCUGCUCCUGUCUGGUACUUUGCGGGGAGAUGUGCCGGGGACCCGGCCUGGUAAAGCGGGCAGUGGGCGAGCUGAAGAGAGGUUUCUGUUCCUGGGAUAUAGAUCCAUCAAUCUGUAACUUGGACGAUCAGCUGAAAUUAUUUGUCUCUCGUCAUUCGGCCACUUUCUCCCCAAAGCUUAAAGGCCAAAGAAGUCUCCAUCAUGCUGGUGACACAUUAGAGACUUUGGUUCUGAUUAACCCUUCAAAGAUAUCAGUAUGCAAUGAGAUCCGCAAAUUGAUCUGCCACUCCUCGCAACAUAAACUAUUAAUAUUUUCAGGCCCCUUCCUUGAAGACACCUGGGAAAUGCUCUUGCAAGGUGGAGAAAGUUUCUCAAUUGAUGACUUUAUUCAUAUUUUUACAGACAAAGAGAUUGGUGAGACUUUAGGCUCGUCUGACCCAACAGCUCGUGUGUGUUUAACAGUUUCUUGCCCUAAUAAUUGGGAUUUAUCACAGAUUGAUAAAUGCAGCCUGCAAGAUUUUAUUGAAUUGCAGUUCAACAAGGACCAACAUUUUCCGGAAACUGAGGGCUUGCUAGAGUUGUCUGAGUACCUCUCUGAGUCCUUAGAGCCACCAUCUCCAUUUGAACUCCUGGAAUCCCCCACAACUGUUGGUUUCUUGAAAUUGUCUAAACCAUGCUGUUACGUUUUCCCUGGCGGUAGGGGAGACUCUGCUUUCUUUGCUGUAAAUGGGUUUAACAUGUUAGUGAAUGGUGGCUCUGAUGCUCGAUCUCCGUUUUGGAAAUUAAUACGCCAUUUGGAUAGGGUGGACUCAAUUCUUCUUACUCACAUGGGUCUAGACAAUUUGCCUGGCAUCAAUAGCUUGCUGCAAAGAAAGAUAGCAGAGGUAGAAGAGGAUGUUUCUCAAGCUAACAACGAAUGGUUAAAGAAUUUAGUCUCGCCAGAGCUUGGAGUUGUAUUUAUGAACACUGCAGAAAAGCUGAUUUCUGAAGAAAAUUCCAGUGUGGUUAGGGUUAGAGAAGAAGCCUUGCUCACAGUGCUGUGUUUAGCAAAACUCAAUAUUCAUCCAGAACCACUGUACAGAAGUGCAAAUACUGUGGAGCCAACUAUACUGUUUCAAAAGAUGGGUGUUGGCAGGUUAGACAUGUACAUCCUGAACCCUGUAAAGGGCAGCAAAGAUCUUGAAGCCUUCAAAAAGUGGCUUGGAAAUGAGGAAAGUAGUAUGACUGAAUGGCCCGUAACCUCUCUGACUUCUGCAUGUGCUUUACUUGUUUGGCUUCCUUCUUCACCCUCUGAGAGAAUUGUUAGGGUUCUUUUCCCAGGCUGCACUCCUCAAAACAAAAUUUUUGAAGGUCUUGAAAAAUUAAAACACUUGGACUUCUUGAAAGAUCCAGUUAUAACUCAGAAAGAUCUGGACAUGAUAAAAUGUAGUCGCUUGGAAAGGAUUGGUGCAAAGCCAAGCCGUACUGAGAGCAAAGAGAGUCUGGGUUCUGGAUCAGGGCGACUUAGUGUUGAACCAAAGCUUGGGUCAGGAAAAGAAAAGCCUACGAGAGUGCAAAAGAAGGAGAUUCGUCCAGAUGGAAAAGACAGAACUAAAACUCUUGCAGAAAUCAGCAAGGAAUCGGGAACAGAGGGUGAAAAACAAAAAGAGGGCAGGAGUAAAAUAGAAACUGCAUCUGAAAAACUAAAGUCGUCUGAUUCAAGACUAAAAGCCGCGAAAGAAAAGAUGUUGGUAAAGAAAGAACAGACAAAGGAUGAAAGGAAAUCUUUUAAAAAGGAUGAAAUUCAAGCAGAUAAAAAAAGGGAAGUAGCAAAACCAGAAGCUAAGAGAGAUUUUCGCCCUUCUCUUAAUGAUGCCAAAACAGACACUCGAAUAGGGGUAAAAGAUGUAAAGAAAAUAUUAGUUACACCUGCUGAUUCCAGGAGACCUAUUUCCAAAAUAGGAUCACUGAAAAAGGAGCUGGGAGGAGUAAAAAAAGAUGUGGUAGCAAGUGCCAAGAACGCAGUAAAGGGUAAACUCCCCAAAAAAGAGCUGGUUAAAGAAACAAAAAGUCAGCCAACUCAAAAGGAUGUAGCCACAGGUAGUAGCAAUCCAGUUUCUUGUGAAGUAAUUAUUAGUUCUCAAGAGUCUUGUAAAAGUAUGGAGUCUGCUUGUGCUGAGGUUGGCAACAAUACCUGCCAUGAAAAUGGACUUGGUGUAAGUACAGAGAAUGGCUUAUGUGCAGUUGAGCCAGAGAGCCCAAAUGGAUUCCGUUACUUGGAGACAAGUCCUCUUAAGUGUCUAGCACCUGUUUCUCCUUUAGUUAAAACACCCAAAAGUGAAAUUAGUGUGAAUUUUGACAUUACUCCUACAAAUCUAACAAUCCAAGAAAAAAACAAAACUGGUCAUCAUGGACAAGACUGGCUGGAUGAUCCCUGUGGAAGCUCUGAAGAAAAGACUUUGGAAAUUACCUCACCUGUUAGUUCAGAGCAUCAUUCGCCAGCAGUGGCACAGCAGAGUAAUGGGCAGGUUCUUUAUUCUGGAGAUGCAAAAAAUCUCAACUCUUUUAAGGUUCCGCCAAAAUCUUCUCAAGAGAACUCAAAUUCCUCACAAGGAAAGCAAACAAGUUGCUUGUCUUUGAGUCCAUUUCGGGAGGACCUACCUGAUGUAUCUCCUACAAUCACCACACCUUCUUUGCCUGCUGAGGUAGGCUCUCCCCAUUCCACAGAAGUGGAUGAAUCUCUAUCAAUUUCUUCCUUUGAGCAAACACUCCCUCCAGUUAGUGAGUCUCCUAGAGAUGUCUCACCAGAGAUCCAUGCUGCAAGUAGGGCAGGUCUGUGCUUACCUGUGCGCCCUUCACAUUCUAGUGAACCCGAAGGCCAAUCUGAAAGGUCAGCUUCUCCCCAUGAUGUAGAUCUGUGCUUGGUUUCACCAUGUGAGUUUGAGCAUCCUAAAUCAGAUGCUGUAGCAAGUCCACGAGACAGUGACAGUGAUCCUUCCCAAGAACUACCUAGGCCUCUAUGUUCCCCUGGAAAAAAAAUUCCAAAUGGGCCUGAAACACCACCUACUUCAGUAAGUGAGUCUUUGCCAACAAUCUCUGAUUCUGGGCCUGAGGAAGGUUCUUCGAUUGCUAUUGACGGAGCAUCUGAUUCUGAGGGGGAAAAUACACCAAGACUUUUGGAUCCUAUUCCUCCAGUAUUGAAAGAUCCACAUCCCACACCACCUCAACCUGGAACCUGCAUGGUUGAUCCUGAGGCCCUGUCUAUAGACCUUGGUGACAAAAAAAGUCAAACCCACUUAUCAUCCAACUUUCGUAGUAGCAGCAAAAUAUCGGGCGCAUCUGGAAAAGUUAGGGCAAUUGGAGAAAGAACAAGCAAAACUACUCCAGCGAGGGCUGAUAUUUCUGAGAGGACCCGUUCAGGGGUGGAAUCCAAACAGCUUGUUUCAAAACGCAGUGUUGUGAAUACAAUCAGGGCAACUCCUUCAGGAAAUCGUUUAUCUUCAGCAGCUUCCAGCAGAACCCCAAAGCCAGUCUCCUCUUCAACCCCUGCAACACCAGUUUAUGUAGACCUUGCUUACCUACCUGGUGGACCUGCUGCCCAGACGGUGGAUGAAGAGUUUUUCAAGCGGCUAUGUUCUUCUUGUUAUGUUGUUAGUGGAGAUGAUCCUGUGAAAGAAAAGUUUACCCGCAAAAUUCUGGACUCUCUGCUUGCUGAAAAAAGUAAUUGGCCUCAAGAUAUGCCGGUUACCCUGAUUCCUACUUUUGAGUCGCCAACAGUUCAUGCCUGGUAUGAGGAAACGCACGCCCUUCAGCAGUCGCUUGGCAUUACUGUGUUGGGCAGCACCAGCAGUGUAUCGAUGCAGGGGGAAACCUUCCCUGCUUGCAAAGUAGAGUUCUAAACCUUUCCUAUCCUGCGGUGUGCUUACCCAAUGGGAGUUAUUUUAGGACAUUGUCAUUUGGGGGUGCUUUCUCUAUUUUGUUGCACAUGUUUUUUUUUUUUUAUCAGUGGAUGCAGCACUUCGCACUGGAGUGAAGACAUUCCUACCCACUGGUCACACAAGAACAUUCUUUUAUUUGGGCUGCCAUGGAAUCCUAGAUUUUUUUGGGGAAGUGGGAAAGCUUGUGCACAAUUGAAGAGCACUCAAUGGCAUGAAUAAAAGUUCCUCACGUCCCAGAUUUUUGGCAUGGAAUCUUGUACCUGCAAACAGUAGACCUUCCUUCCACCUGGGCUGAAGACUUGCUUUCCACAUCACAUUCAGAUGUUUGCAGUUGAAUUGUCUUUUGCGUGGUCUUAGAAGCUAUUGCAGUUGUUGUUGCCGAAGGUAACCUGUAUUGGCCCAUCACCUUACCUGUAUAUGUAUGUGGGUAACUGCCUCUGUCCUACCAUAGUGAAAAUAUUGUUCCCUGUAAAUGUGAUGGAUGUAAUGAAUGUGGACUCGAGCCGCUGAAAGCUGUGUGCACCUGAGAUAUCAGUGGGAAGAGUCCUGCAUGUUGUGCUAUGAUUAUCUGCUGCCUUUGCCAUAACGAGACCGCAAAACAUGUCGUCCUCGGCAAAGCAAGGUACUUAUUCUUAAGAUGACCACACAAUCAAAUUCUCUUUCAUAGGAUCAAACAUGGUCUCGGAACACUUCAAUACUAAAUUAUGGACAAUAUACAAUGUUUCUUAAAUAUCUGUAUCCAUCUGCAGACAGUUUGCCAGCAUUGUUGAAGAGGGGUCAGCACCCUUUGGCACUCCAGCUGUUGUAAAACUACAACUCUCAACAAUGCACAGCUGCUGAACUGUCCCCUAAACACCUGUACAAGUGAAUGGAGCUUGUUGGGAGUUGUAGUUUCACAACUGGAGUGACGGAGGUUGCUGACCCCUGAUUCUAGAAUCGCACCUAGAGCCUGGUUGGUUGCUUGCUAGCUAAUGUUCAGAUUGCAUUUCACGCACAAGCACUUACUGCACAAACAAGAAUUUGUUUUAGUGGUAAUAGGAGAAAAAGCACGUUCACAUGGUGGAUUUUCCAUGCAUAUUCCAAACUGAAAUCUGCAUAGAAUCUGCCCAAAAUCCACCGCCUAAAGUUCACAUGGGGUGGAUAAGAAAUCAAAGUUCACAUAAAACCACUGCAGGUGGCCACAAGCAGAUAUAGACCCAGUAAUGGGGCUACAUCCACAUGUGGACCGACCCUUAGGCAUCAUGGCUCCUCGGUCUGUGUUACAUACUGUCCAUUUUUCUCAAGCAGCCGAUUAUCGCCCUCGAUUUUCAGAAUAAGAUAAUUGUGAUAGAAUGACUGACUGUUUGUAGAAAUAUUUCACCUUUGUAGCAUUACAGCACAAGAAUUUGAUCUCUGGCAGGUAUGUGGCCAUUUUCACACACAUACUGUAUGCUUUUUGUUGUACUUGGCAUACUAGAGUUUGCUAGAUUACAAUAAAGGGCUAGUGGUGCAUUUUUGGGUACUGUUUAGUUUCUGACACUCCAACAAAAGAAGAUUUGUGCUUCCUAUAUAAGCUGGGGCUUAAGUAAUGAAGUUUUGAGUUUACAUUCUCAGUUGUGUAUUAGAAUGAAACAUCUUUUUUUUUUUUUCUAAUGCUCUUAUUUAAGAUAAUGUUUAAAAAAAUAAAAAUAAAACUUGCUGAGAGAAGUAAGCCCAAGAAGAAGAAACCAGUUUAGCGGCAAUAUCUCUGCACGGUCACUUGUAUUUUCAGCUGUUCUGUAAAGUGUACUAUGUCUAAAACACUAAAUACACCAUUUUCUUCCUGUGGCGCAAAGUUCUGCUAGCUAGUUAUGUUUUUUAAUUGUAUAAUAGUAUGCUGUACUAAAUGAAGGAUUACCUCCUGCUGUCUUCACGAAUGUAUGUGGAGAAUAGUUCCUUAGACAUGCCAACAUGUCACGUUAAAAGUGCCAGUCAGCCCCAAGAAGGAGUUAAAUGGGGCUUUAAUCACCAUGUCAUUGUCUGUGAAAUGAGUGUGCAUCCAACCAGACAACGAUGGGGUGGGCGGCAUAGAUCAUGUACCACCAAUUUGUAUUGUGAAUUCACAUAGCUUUGAGUAGACAAGCAAAUUAAAAUUUGAAGUAAACAAGUG